CAGGAAGUAGUUAGGAGAAAUCUCCGCAUUUACCUUUCGCUUGUGAUAUCUUCAUAAUUUGUUAAACAACGAUAUUGCAUAUUGUAAAUAUUUUCAUGCAGGUGUCGUAGAUUUGCGAUUGUUUUAAGGAUUUUUGUUAUUUUUUGCAUGUGGAUUGUCUCUGCAAUCGAACAGUGUCUCUGGACGUGCAUUGCCCUCUGCCCUGGCACAGCAAUCAGUGGAUUUAUCUCUGCCUGUACAAAACGCGUACUGGAUCCCCUUUGAUCUCCAACCAUCUGUUCUUUGACUCAGGGUCGCGGCGUGUCUAAUUACAGAUGUGCACCUCAUUCCUUCUAGACACUGACACCUAAAUGCAGACGUUUAGGACGCAGCUUUAAACCCCUGCACUGCAAAGGAAGUGCCCUUUGUCUUGGGACACAGCAUUCUUUGUUUCCAGCUGUGCAGUUGCAGAUAUGGGUGCCACUGGGUCCCACCUCUACAAUUCCUUCUGAUUUAUUUAAUCUUUAAACAUCAGCCUAUGGGUACAGCAGGCCAGAUCCCCCCACCUUUAGAUCUGCAUUCCCUCUAAAACUUAACACUGCAUUGGAUUUCUUAGCGUCUGGAUUAUAAUAACGCUUCCAGGUUACCACUAAAGUCCAAUUGGCUAUUCCCAACAAAAUAGUGUUUCACUGUUUCCUGAAAACAAUAUCUGCAUGUGCACAUAUUGCCACUUGCUUCCCUCUUAGACCUUUUGCCUAUUUGAUUUGACACACCCGAUUUUUAUAGUCUUUCUUUUUUUCGGGACCUCAAGAUAAUUUAUUUCCAUAAUUGCCAACAAAAUGAGAUAUUUCCGAGGUAAAGCACUCUACCUGUAGAGGCCAAGGUGGGGCACCUUCUGAAUGCCUUUUCAGGGGUUGUGGUGGUGGCUUUGCUGCAGGCAUGGGUUCACCCUGCUGGGGAGAGAGUAUGGGGAGAAAGAGGAAGAAGAGGAAUCAUUUGAGAUGAAGAGUACAGAAGACCAGAAGUGUGGCAGAAAUGGGUCCAUAGAUGUUGGUGUCACCCAGCCUACCCGAGCAGCCAAUGGCUCGCACAGGUUGCUACAUUCCUCCGAAGAAAAACAUAGCCUGAUAAUGCAGACUGACAAGGUCAUGUGCAAGGAUGAUCAAGAUGUCAUUGUGAAAGGCUGGCUGCAGCGUGAAGUGAGAGGAGGGGUGCGGACUCCCUGGUUUAGGCUAAGGAAGUUUUGGUUUGUGCUGACACCAGAUUCCUUGGAUUAUUACUGUAACAAUGAGAAAACCAGCAAACGCAUUGGGAGCUUGGUGCUGACCAGCCUGUGCUCGGUGAGAUGGCCGAGUAAACAAGUCUACAAGGAGACAGGACACUGGAAUGUCACCGUGUAUGGAAGAAAGCACUGUUAUCGACUGUAUACAGAGCAUCUAAAUGAAGCCGUACACUGGGUGUGUGCCAUCCAGAAAGUGAUCGACAGCAAAGCUCCUCUGGAGACCCCCACACAGCUACUCAUUAAGGAUAUUGAAGAAAAUAUUCAUAACCAGAAUUCGGUGGAUGAAAUCUACAAACUGAACCCUAUUCUGCGACACACAAAUAGCCCCUUGUAUGCCCCCCUUUUACCCUUUUCAUAUGGAUCUGAGGAUAUUUCCAUUGAUAAUGUGAAGGGAUACACAGCUCUACGAGAUGAGGCUGUAAAAAUCUUCAACUCCCUGCAGCAACUGGAGAAUGAAGGAGACCCUGUCCCACUGAUACAAGGAGUGCUCCAAACCUGCCUGGAUCUACGGCCACUCAGAGAUGAGGUCUACUGCCAGGUCAUCAAACAGACCACAGACCACCCUGAGCCUGGGAACAUCAACAAUCUCAGAUACUGGCAGCUGCUUACCUGCAUGAGUUGUACUUACCUACCAAGCCCUGCUGUGCUCCGCUUCCUCAAUUUACAUUUAAGAAGAACGCGAGAAAGAUUCCCCGACACAGAGGUGGAGAAGUACUCAUCUUUCAUCCUGGAAUCCCUAGAGAAGACAAAACAGCGUGAGUUUGUCCCUUCCUAUGAGGAGAUCUCUGUGCUGAUUCAAAGGCAGGAGCUGACAUGUACCGUGUACUACCCAGGGGCAGGAGCUUGCAAGGUACUAAUCACGUCGCACACCACUGCCGAAGAGCUAGUCCAAGAGAUGAUUGAAAAGUUUAAUCUGGACCAAAGUCGCAACGUAUUUGCACUAUAUGAGCAGAACAGCCAUUAUGAGCAGGCACUCAGCAAAGCCACUAUUAUCGCAGACAUACUGACACGGUUUGAAAACUUCUCGUGUAAAGAGAAAGGAUUUGAGUCACGGUGGAGACUCUGUUUUAAGCUGUACUGCUUCCUUGAUAUUGAGGAUGUGCCCAGAGAUAGUAUGGAAUUUUCUUUCCUCUUUGAACAGGCGCAUGAGUCUGUGAUCAGAGGGUACUUGCCCACAACAGAAGAUACUUUGCAGUCAUUGGCAGCUCUCCGUCUACAGUUUCUAAAUGGUGACUUUUCCCCUCACGCUCCCUUUCCAAGACUUGAAGAGCUUUUUCCUAUCUACAUCCUUCAUUCUCGGGUCCUUGCAUCAAGCAAACCUUCUGUCACCUCAAGGACACCUUGCCCUAACUUCCACAAGGGUUUUCUCACAGGAGCUUUGCAAAAUGGACUAUGGAAUAAUUCAUUGGUCAAGCAGAAGGCAGAGGAAAGCCAGAAGUUCAAGGGACGUGUGAAAGAGGAAGGGGCCAAUAUGAUGUCUGCCAUUGUAGACAAGUGGAAAGUCCUUCAAGGCAUGGAUAGGACGGAUGUUAUGACCUCUUACCUAGCUGUUGUGAAGCAGUGGUCUGGUUAUGCAUCCACCAUAUUUGAUAUUGACUUCUACAUGAGUUCAACUGGGUGCUUUUUCCAGCGUCUGUGGUUGGGAGUCAGCGCUUCCUCACUUAGUUUGUACAAACAAGGGGAAGUUGAACCAUUCGAAAAUGUACUGUACAGUCAAAUAUCGUCCUUCGGCAUCUCAGACAGCUCAACAUUUAAAUUAUCCGUGGGGGAGAAGGAUAUGUUGUUUGAAACUUCUAAGGUGGAUGAGAUAACGCAGCUAAUUAAUACAUAUCUCACGUGCAUCGGUAAUGGACCAUGUCUGUCUACCCGCAAUAACAGCAUAGCUACUGAGGAUGCAUGUGAGCCAGUCUGAAUUCACCAUUCUGUGGCUGGCAGAUGUUAUGCCUUGGACAUUGUAGACCAUAACUAUAUCAACGUUUAUGUCAAGUUUUUAUGUCAACUGGUUUGGAUUAUUCAGCCUUAAAAGACAACAAAAUAACUUUAAAGGAACAUCACAUUGUACGUUAGCUACCUGAACAUUAUAGACCACAGCUCUGUCGAUCUUCUCACAUGCCAGCCUAUCCAGUAAACUCUUCUGAGAAUCAGUAUGUGCAUACAUGAGGUUUGUGUUCACCCACAACAGCUGUUCAUUGAACAAUAAUUUAUUAUUUUUAUGCCAUUAUUCAAGAUAUUAAAGUGUUAUUAUUGUGCUCAACUCAUUUGGAUUAUCAAGCCUUAAAACAAAAAAAUAUAUCUUUAAAGGAGAUCUGCAUAAAUCAAAUGGAAUAAAAUAUGGCAGGUAUUUUUUUUCCAGAAAAGUUGGCAACUCUACUCAAUCCUUACCUAAUUUCUCAAAGUGUACAGUAUGCUAACAUUGUGUAUUUAUUGACAGCUGUGAUUUAUUCAUUGGUGUUAAGCAACAGUACUGUAAAAAAGCUGGAAUUUUCCUUUAUCGAAAAUAUCUUAAAUUAUAAUUUAAUUUUAAAGGGUCAUAAUUGGUUAGAGCAUGUUAUUUUGAAAACUAUCAACCUUACACUAUUGUGUGUUCAACAUCAUUGCGAGGUUCAACAAACAGUAAAAGUACCGCUCGGUACCUACAGAGCACUGCUGGUCCCGACCGGAAACCAUUGAUGAUCCAAUCAAUAGCGCUAGUUCCACAACUGAGUCGAUCGACUAGCACUGCUGAUGGGAUCAGAGGUGGUUUCCAAUCGGGACCAGCAGUGCUCUGCAGGUCCUGAGUGGUACUUUUAAAACACACAGUAUUAUAGGGUUAAUAGUCUUUAAAGUACAUGCUCUAUCAAAUUAAAGCAUGUCACUUUUUGUCUAUUAUGGACCUCCUCUGUCUUUCCCCUUUGCGUUAGCUUAUACCAGCAGUACUAGGGAUCUGUUCCAUGCGUUUAUUAACCAUAGCAUUAAAGACUCUCUGCCACAAGCCAUGUUCUCAGCUUCUUGUGGAUUUUUUGGUGCCAUUAAUAGUGAAGGACACUUCUGAAACUGAGUAGCAAAUAUGGUCGGCACACAGUAAUAACAGAGAAACUUUAUCAGACCUGUAAUUAAAGGGACAGUCUACAAUAGAAUUUGUAUUGUUUUAAAAGAUAGAUAAUCCCUUUAUUACCCAUUCCCCAGUUUUGCAUAACCAACACAGUUAUAUUAAUAUACUUUUUACCUCUGUGAUUACCUUGUAUCUAAGCAUCUUCUAACAGCCCCCUGAUCACAUGACAUUUUAUUUAUUAUCUAUUGACUUGCAUUUAGUACUGUGUUGUGCUAAAUCUUAAAUAACUCCCCUGGCGUGAACACAGUGUUAUCUAUAUGUCCCACAUGAACUAACAGUCUUUUGUUGUGAAAAGCAAUUAAAAAAACAUGUGAUAAGAGGCAGCCUUCAAGGGCUUAGAAAUUUGCAUAUGAGCCUACCUAGGUUCAGUUUCAACUAAGAACACCAAGAGAACAAAGCAAACUUUAUGAUAAAAGUAAAUUGGAAAGUUGAUUAAAAUUACAAGUCCUAUCUGAGUAAUGAAAGUUUAAUUUUGACUAGACUGUCCCUUUAAUAAUAAUAUUUAGUCAUAAUUAUUGUUCAACAUUUCUAGGUUCUUGCUUUUGGUCUUUCCUAGACUGUGUCUGUAGUGUAACAAAAAGAUAAUCUGGUUGCCAUUUCUUCUUCGUGUUACUUCACAUAUAAGGUAUUUGUGAAAGAAAAGAAGCCUUAUCUACCUGCUAAUAAUAAUAAAAGACAAGAAGAACCGUUACAGAAAAUCAAUGAAACAUAUCAGGCUACCCAAUAAAAUCAUUAAACAUUGAAAAGAAAAAUAGCUAAUGUUCUUUAAAACAAAGUCUAAACAUUUUGUGAAGUGAGCUAGGAUUUUAUCUUUCUGGCUGCUUAAAGGUAAAAGAAAAGCUGGAUUAUCUUAAAGGUGAUGAAUAUGAUGAUUACAAAUGAUAUAUGACAAUGCAAUGUGAGUCUCCCUAGAGAUGCGCCUUAUUAUAAUUAAUCUAUCUUCCAUGAAAAGGAAGUUUAAUCUGCUGUAAAACAGCAUUUACCAGGUGAGAUAUUUUGACCUAUUCCCCAGUUAGAAAUAGCUAAAUCCAGCACUUAUAUAUUUGUCAUACACAACACCCUACUCAACCAGAAGGUAAAUGUCAUUGAGAUCAAUAGAUGUAUUUUUUUAAAUUAAUGAUUGGUAUUUUUUUUUUUCCAAAAGCAAUUCUUGUAGCUCAGAAUAUCUCAAAAAUUGGUAGAACCUGGAGCUUGAUAUUAUAAUUGAGUAGAAUAAAAAGUGUUUUCUUUCGACCAUAGAGUGAUCAGCAUACAAAAUGUACUGCAAAACUUCUUAGAUGUUCAACCGAACCAGUAUAAAGGUGUAUAUUUUAUUUUUAAGACAAUUUAGCUAAUAAUAGUGAAUCAGAUUUGCUUGUUACCUCAUGUUUCACUGUUAAAAUUAAUCAGUGCAUAUUUGAAUACUUAACAAAGUCAGACAUGGUCAAAAUUUCUCACCUAACACCUGCAUUUGUAUUGUGUGUAUAAUCCCUGUUUAUUACAAAACAAUGUGUUUCAGACCCCAUCUGAUGUUGUGAUGGGGUUAAUUGCUGCCAAAGAGAUUGAUGCAUCCCUUGUGUAAACUAUAGGUUUUCUACCAUCCUUUUAAAAGAGAUUGUUUUAAACAUGCCUUAUCUCUUAUUGUUUGUUUGUUUUUGUUUUUUUUUUACAUAAAAUUCAAAAUCACUAAAUAUAAAAAAAAAUAUCAAGCCUCUUUAUUGUUUAAAUAAGAUGACAAGGCGUCCCCACUUUUUUUGGGACGGUCUAGAAUUUGGACACUUUGUUUUAAAAAAUUUUAAUGGGUAAUUCAAGAAACUGAUUUCAGCUAAGCUGUCACAGACUGUCCCGAAUUAGCCUGAAUGGGUUUAUUAUUUAGCUCAAGAAGUUAAGGAGGCGGGUGAAGUAUAGAACAUAAUCCACCUCUCACUAUAAAAGAUCUUGCUGAGUGGCCUGCAUGGUACAGAGGAUGGUGUUGGAGGCAUGGAGCUCGACGGUAGGCCAAAAAUAAGGGGAAUGGGUCCAUGGGAUAACUAAAAUAAAUGGAAAGGACCUGAGAAAAUGAAAGUCUGUUAUGAACAAGGGUCAUCCCCUGCCAUAUUCAUUUGCUUUAAUGGCCUGGGUGUGAGAUCUGUAUGUGUGUGUGUAAAAGAGAGAGUGUAUGAGAGAGAGAGUAUGUGUGUGUGAGAGAGAGAGUAUGUGAAAGAGAGUGUAUGUGUGUGUGAGAGUGUGUGUGUGUGUGAGAGAGAGAUUAUGUGUGUUUGUCACAAAGAGUAUGUGUGUGUGUGAGAGAGUGUAUGUGUGUGUGUGUCAGAGAGAGUUUGUGUGUGUGUGUGAAAGAGAGAGUGCAUGUGUGUGUGAGAGAGAUUGUGGGGUCUUUUUAAGAAGCAGCGGGUGCUGCCUCCGACCCAGUCCGCCUCAGUUCUGGCUGAAGCGGAAGUUAAGAAGCAGCGAUCCUAAGACCGCUGCUCCUUAACUCGUCUGCCACCUCUGAGGUGGCGGACAGCAAUCCGCACGAUCGAAUACGAUCUGGUGGAUUGACACCCCCUGCUAGCGAUUGGCAGCGAAUCUGCAGGGGGUAGUCUUCUGAACUGCUGGUGCAAUGAUAAAUGCUGACAGUGUAUGUACACAAUGUGUGGUGACUAGAGCAGUUCUGACUCAAGUCACUUGUGAGGGAGCGCAGCAGCAGAACCGCCAGCAAGCACACAGACACUGACAGGCUCAGUCAGCCUAGUAGCCACAACUCAUUCAGGCAUUUGCCAAAUUUACUUAUUACAUUAUGUAUUUCUAAUGUGAGCUGAGCACUGACUGAGCAGCUGUCAGCUGAGGCGGUCGGGAGCGACCGCUCCAAUAGAUAGAGGCAAUGGGGGCAAUGCCGCGCCAGCAAGCAUGCAUUACACAUUUGCUUGCUUUAGGCUAAGGCAACUAAACCGCAAUAGUCUGAGUCACUCACUGCCUGUCUGUCUGUCAGUCACUGGGUGAGGGAAUAGGGCGGGGGGUGGCCCGGCUAGAACGUCAGUCUUCAGUUCAGCCGUCACACACAGUCACAUGUCAUGUGACAUAGUCAGGAGGGAGCCUAAUAGCCUAGUUGGAGCAACUUGGAGACCACGUGGGAGUGGACGGCAAGUCAGUGUCACCGGCAAUACGGAUCAUCAACAGACACACAGACCAUCCAGUGCAAUAGAUUAACACAACGAAAACAGUCAGAAAAGGUAUGUUAAUUAGAAAUACUGAGUUAAGGGGCACGAUUAUGUACAUCAUGUAUUCAAUAAUAGGGUAAUAAGACUGACUGUAUUGUACAUUAGUGUAAUGGCAUGAUACAUUUGUAUAUUUGUAACUUGAUUUAAAUCAAUAGUUACAAAUAUACAUCAUAAUACAUGACCCUUUAGUCUGCCCUUCAAUCCACCUAUUAUCUGCCCUGGUCAAGGCUGCUUCCAGUUCUUUUUCUGAAAACAGUGCAAAACCCUUAUAUAAUAAUUCUAUUGACUUAUGACAUUAUACCUCCAUGUGGUAUAUAUAUAUAUACAGUACAUAAUAAGGGUAAUUACACACUCACAUGGACAAACCUACAUUAAAUAUUAAUACUAUUUAAAUAUUGAAAGUAGGUUGUUUGUCCAUGUGAGUGUGUAAUUACCCUUAUUAUGUACUGUAUAUAAACUACAUGGAGGUAUCAUCAAUUCAUAAGUCAAUAGAAAUGUUGUAUGCUCAGUAGUACUUAUUAGGGUGUCCAGCAUUUACACAUAUAGGGGUACACUGGAAACUGAUUCCUAAAACAAAAUGCGCUUCUGGCUCUUCAAGUUUCUUUUUAACUCCUGUAUGACCUUUAUGUUAGCAGUUGUUUUAGUCUGGCAAGGUAUUAUUUUGAUAUUGACAAAUGAGUAUUUGUCUGUAUUUAAAGGUACAUUAAACCCAAAAUUGUCUUUCAUGUUUCAGAUAGAGAAUCCAAUUUUAAACAACAUCAUAAUUUACUUCUAUUAUUUAAUUUGCUUCAUUCUUUAGAUAUCCUUUGUUGAAGAAAUAGCCAUGCACAUGGGUGAGCCAAUCACAUGAGGCAUCUGUGUGCAGCCACCAAUCAGCAGCUAUUGAGCCUAUCUAGAUAUGCUUUUCAGCAAAGGAUAUCAAGAGAAUUAAGCAAAUUAGAUAAUAGAAUUAAAUUAGAAAGUUUUAAAUUGCAUGCUCUUUCUAAAUCAUGAAAGAAAAAAUGUAGGGCUGGUCUAGAAAAUUUCCGGGGCUGCUUUUCAUUACCAGUCCGGCCCUGCAGUGUAUGUGUGAGAGGCUAUGUGUGUGUGUAUGUGAGAGUGAAGAUCUUCAUUUUAAAGUAAGGUUAACAAGUUUUAUCUUAGCAAUAGUUGUUACAAUUGGUUUUCAUUGUAUGUAAACUAAAUAUUUUAAAGUUGUUUUUUUUACCUUCUCCUCAACAUUUAUGAGGUGUCCCAAAUUUGGUGAUGGGAAAUCUGGUCAUCUUUGUUUAAACCAUGAUCUUAUAACUGAAUGAUAGAAAAUGUGAGCUUUACAUAUGUCGUUAGUAAAGUAUGAGGAGAAAACUGUAUAUACAUAUAUUUUUUUGUUUGCCCUUUUUUUUUUAAUUAUCUCUAAAAGCUGCAGGCAGCUUUUUUUUUAGCAAGCUAUUAUUUCAAUAGUAAAAAGUUACUCAGUCCUGUGUACAUAGAAGAGCCACAAAGAGGUUAUUGCCUCAGGCAACUAAUUAUCUGCCAGCUUGGGACAACGAUAUGUUCUGAACUUCUGGCCAAAAAAAAAAAAAGAUUCUUAGAGAUAGUUGGCAAAUGCAAUUUCCAGAACUUUAUUAUCACUCUUGUGCUGUAAACUGGAUAUGAGGUUAAAUGAGGUGAGAGUCAAGUCAUCUUCACAUUAAUCACUGCAAAUGGUAUUUUUUGCACUUAUAUGACAUAAGGAACUUACAAAAUAUAUACAGAUUUCUGCAAGUGUGCAUCUUCUGCACCAAAAGCAAAAAUUGUAAUACAAUAUUUGAUGGAAAACUUUAAUGGAGAAAUACCUUGCAACAGCUCUGAGGUAGAAUUUAUUCAGGUAUAUGUUGUGUGGCGCUUGUGAUUUAUUAAACAAAAAUAAAUAAAAUUAAGAUUUUUUUUAAAAAUCCAUUUGUUUAACUAGGACUAGUAAUAUAUAUUAAAACUUUAAAAUUUGACUUUUUGGAAUAUACUUUUUUACUUAGACCGUGGUAGAAAGUUUUUUAUUAUGUUCUUAUAGAUAACACUAGCAAUUGUCUCUCCCCCUUUAUUUACAGCAUUAAAGAAAAACUUAAAAUUAAAUUACCCAUAAAUUAAUUAAAAUGAAACAUUACAAUAUAGGUUCAUUAUUUAGUUUCUGUGCUUUUGAUUUAAAAUCAAAUUGUGAAUGUCCCAACACUCAUUAAAGAGGCCAAAUGUCAUAUUCUAUAACCUAUGCAUGCUGCAAAUGUACAUAAAACACAUACAUAGUGCACACUGAUUGCUUAAAGCAGUACAACUCAUUUACAGCUACCCCGAACUGGCCACUAUUAAGAGAGAUAAGAUAAGCCAGGGUUUUAAAGUAGCGUGGUGGCACAAUGUGCAGAGUUUUAUCAAUCUAUAAUAAAGCGACAAUUUUAAAUACUGUUAAAAUAUUUAUUUUGUGUAUAGGUAUUUUGCAAUUCAUUAUUUAAUUCAUUAUAUAUAUAUAUAUAGAUAUAUAUAUAUAGAUAUAUACAGUAUAUAUAUAUAUAUAUAUAUAUAUAUACUGUGCAAAAAAUUACUUUAAUAACACUUUAAAGGGACAUUAAACACCAUUUGCUUUUGUGUGAAAAUUGUGAUUUGUCCCACACUCCCUAGGGACCAAAAAAAAGCGAAAUCUGUAACCUAGGUGUAAGAUACUAGUUGAUUUUCUGCUUUUUGGCCUCUCUAGGGAGCGUGGGAAGUACAAUUCUUGUUAAAUGGUACUUAGGUAUAAAUAGCAGUAAAGUAUGAAGCUAUGUUAGCACUUCCCUUCAGAUGCUCGCUGCCAGCCACGGUUCUCCCAGACCGUAUCCAGAAACAAGAAAUAUUGAAUGUGAUGGCGCUGUGUCACCUCAGGGGAUGCAAGCUGCUCAUUUCCUCUGUGAAACCUGCCUUCAUUCACCUCCAAAAUAAAAACCUCACAAUGGUGAAGCAGGUUUCAAAUAAAAUGGUAGGCGCACAAACAGGUCAUACUCACAAGAUUUCAGUUUUAAAUCAGCCUUUUAUUAAAACCAUCACAAGGGUAUCUUCAGAUUUAAUUAAAAUAUAGCUCAACGCGUUUCGGCAAAACAAGCAUUUCUCAAGAGCAUAAAAUCAAUAUAUGUCAAAGCCAGUUGGAGUAGCCAGGAACUGUAAUUAAAGCAAUUGAUAUAGCUGUCCUAAGUGUAGUAGAUAAAUGCUGCUGAUGCUAUCACACAUGAAUCACACUAGUGUCAUAUAAACAUGCUCAGUCUGACUGCAGGGGACGGUAGACUCUGUGUGCAAUUAGCCUCCUCUUUGUGGGUCACUGCUUUUCUUUUUGGGUUUGUCUUCUGUCAAUGUUUUCCAAUGUAUUUCUUCUUGUACAACUACCAAAGUUUUAACCUGUGAAAUAAUUCAGUUUCAAGAUAUUAUUCAUAUUUUCCCUUGGAAAUGAUGGUGAUGCAUAUUGUUUUGUAAAUAAAUAAAUACACAUUUUUAUUGUU